AAAGGGGGGAGGAAUGGAAAGGUUGCGAUGCAGGGCGGACGUUGCGAGGUUGACAUUACCGCCACAUCCCUGAACUUGCCCACCGGUUGCGUUAUAAAAAGCAAGUACAAGUGUCCUCAUGCUCAUGUAGGUGCGCAGCUUUCAUGUACGUUGGCCUUAUCCACAGCGAGGCGUGCCGCCCUCCUUUUUUUCUUUCUUUUUGGACAGCGUAGCUUUCUCGUUUGAACUGCAGACAGCGUGAAAGCACACUCGGGAUUCUUUCCACACGAUGGUAAUACUAGCGUAGGCAAUCUUGCGUUCGACAAUGCCCAAUUUUGGAGCUCGGCGUGGGAAGAGGCGAUUUAGUGUUUGCAAUUUUUCCGCAUCAAGACGUGAAAUAGCUCACUUCGUAGCCGUUACAAUACCAUUACUCUUGAUGGUUGUGCCAAUAACGGCCGAGGGGGUCGGGGCGAUUGGAGAACAGGCUCAUUCUCCCUCGCCAAGCGUGGGAAGUCGGUCGGGAAGACAAAGACCAAGUCAGAAUAGAACGCUCUCACCAACUCCCACCAGCCGACCAUCUAUCAGUACAAAAGUAAUAGUCCCCGAAAUUACCUCUGGCAUUUCUGCACCCACCGAAAUCGUCGACACCACUAGUCUUCCAAUCGAUUUUGAAAUAACCGUCACUGCACUUCCGAUUCCUGCGUCACCACCAGAAUUUUUCAAAUCACUUGUGAAUCCACAUGGCUUUCACCGCACGGGCCAUCGAAGUUGGCUUCCUGAAACUACAAUGUCUGCAUUUACGAAGGAACCGGCCACGGAAACUACAACUCCAUUACCCACAUCAACGGCGAUUUCAAACAAAUCAACAGGAAAUACUGUUCUCAGUCGUCCUUCUCUCAUAUCAAUUGCUACCGUGGUCCCUCUUCUGGUAAUCAUAAUAUGUGCGCUCUUGGGCUGGUGUUUUUAUCGCCGCCGGAUAAGAGCACGUCCAAAUAUGGCAUCUAACGACGAUGACACCAAAAGUUUAACCUACGACGCCGCGGAUGAUCUCGCAGAUGCGGUGAUGGUGGAAACAAUCCCUACCAAAACUUCCAAAAGCACAUUGUUUGGAAAGAUGGACUUCCGUAGCGUCGCGUCCUCAGUCGAAACUGGCUUGCACACAAUGAGCUCGAGCAUCAGCAGCAUUGGCUCCAGUUGGCGCGGUCGAAUGAAGCUAGCUGAGACACCAACACUGCCUGAUAUCCUGCGAACACCGCAAUCUCCAUUGGCUUUCUUGUCACCACAUUCUCUGGACCUUGAGAAUGGCCAGGUCGAACCGGACUUGGUUGUGCAGGACUACAUACUAUGUCUGUCACGAUCGUCCUGCGAAGAUGCAGUACCAAUAAACCCGUUUGCCGACGUACAGGAAAUAAACACCGACGUGAAGAUAUAUCGACAUUUGACCCAAGUUAACAAGGAGGACUCCGUCGUGACAAUUGUUAAUGUGGAACCCACUUGUGGGUCAGGGACAUCAUUGCAGACCGCACGUUUGAGGCAAUCACCUCCACGUGGUGAACGCGCGGUUGAUAGCCGAAAACGUUUAUCGCCCUCACUAAAGUCGCCACCGCCUGCGAUCUUAUGCAUCAAGAAUGGUGAUGCGAAAGGUGUUUUGAGGGAUUGCGCGAGUCGCAGAAGUGCACAUGGCCCUGGGCCCAUGGCAGCACCCACGCGAGAAGAGCGUAGACAAUCUGGAAGAUGCAGAUCCAUGUCGAGUUAUCAACGGCCCUGUUCGACUCCGUCUACCAUCGACGGUGACCGAUAUCGUCUGGGCAGUACUGGGUACAGCACACCUCUUACCCGAGGGACGGCCGCAUUGAACCGAUGUCCGUCCAACAGCAGUACGUGUACCAAGGCGACAACGGCAACUGGAGGAUCGGGAUCCUCGGCCGCUUCACGGUAUCUAUGCCGUCAAUGUUUAAACGUACUCGCCGAUGGAUGUACAAAGGGCACAUGUAAGGCUUGUCUAAGGGAUGCAUCAUCAGAUGUGUCGGUGAUAUCAGUUGAAAGUGGAGGAAGUGAGGGAAGCUUGUCGAAUUUUCUGUGAUAUUUAUUUAUGGGCUUUAUAUGUUCUAUCUUGUACUAUACCUUACUGUCGCCUCUCCAUCAGCCUCUCUGGUACAUAACUGGUGUGAUUUACUUUUUACGGGCAGCUGGUGGGGUGAAAUAAUCUGUAAUAUUCCUUUAUUCCUUUGAUAAAUAAAGUUUGUACUUGCGCAGGGAAGCCCAUGACAGGAAAGUACGUAUUGGGGAAAUGUUCAUCAACGUAUUGCCAGGGGGAUUUUUCAUCCUGUGUGAUCUUCACCCAGUGG